UGUACACAAUUUAACUUUCGUUUUCGAUACAAGAGCAGCAACAUGUCUGUUUCGUUUAUGAUUCAGUCGUGUGUCUCAAAAAUAAUUGGUUUUAUUUUAGCGUGUUUCGUUUCAUUAAUUAUUUUUAUUACUAUGAUUCGAAGCCCAAUAAAAUUCGUGAAAAGCAUUUUCUUUCCAAAGAAAAGGAAUGUAAUGCCUGCCUGUCUGAACAACCCCAGUCUUGGAAAUCACGAUUUUGUACAUCUAGAGGAUGUUCGUCUUCACUACGUGGCAAGUGGACAAGAGGGGAAGCCACUCAUGCUGCUCCUCCAUGGUUUUCCAGAGUUCUGGUUCUCAUGGCGAUAUCAGAUUCCUGAAUUUAAAAAGGACUACAGGGUGGUUGCGGUUGAUAUGAGAGGCUAUGGGGACUCUGGAAAGCCCGGCAAGAAGAAGGACUAUGCCAUAGGUAACCUCUCCAAGGACAUCUACCAGCUUAUUCAGGCACUGGGUUACAAGAAGUGUGUUCUUGUGGGCCAUGACUGGGGUGGGGCAGUUGCCUGGAACUUUGCCUACAGCUACACAGAUAUGGUGGAGAAACUGGUCAUCGUCAAUUCCCCUCACCCCAUCUCCUUCGCCAAAUACUUGCGCACCCAUUUCUCCCAGUUGAAGAAGUCUUGGUACAUGAUGUUUUUCCAAGUUCCUUUUGUGCCUGAGUUCAUGUUUAGUAUGAAUGACUUUGCAGCCUUUGAGGCAAUUAGUAAAUCCCUGAGGAACAACCCUCCAUCUGAUGAUGAGGUAGAGGCCUACAAAUACGCCUUCUCCCAGCCAGGAGCAUUGACUGGACCAAUCAACUACUACCGAGCAGCAUUUAGUAAACAGACCAAGUACGAGAGAGCUGCAAAGCUCAAGGUUCCAACGCUUGUCAUUUGGGGGGAGCCAGAUAAGUACCUGGAAACCAAUCUUGCACAUGAGGCCAAGAACUAUGUGGAAAAUAUGACCGUCAAGAUCAUACCGGACUCCAGCCAUUUUGUUCUCCUUGACCGGCCAAAGGAGGUGAAUGCUGCUGUGAGGGAAUUCUUGAAGGACAAGUAGAUAUACCAGUUCAAGAGGCUGUCCAUCAUACAAAAUGUUGGGCGGAAAUUUGUGUUGUUGUGUUGUAUAUUUAGGAUGUAAAGCAAGAAAAAAUUCCACCAUUGAUGUUUAUAAUUGAAUAUUUCAAUUCAGGUAUAAUGUUCAUAAAACAUGCCAGAUGUAAAUAUUUUUUAAACAAUUAUUUACAUAUUUAUUUAUUUUUUUUUGGUGGAAACUUCUUCAAUUUUCUGUUCUGUGGAUUUAUAACUUUAAGUGUUGUAGUGGUUGGUGUAUGUAAAAUAUGGAACUAAUUGACUGCAGGCCCUACACAGUUUUUUAUUAUUAAUAAAAACUGCAAAGAAAAACCAGAGAUUUCAUUAAUCAUGCUUUAAAAUUUCAUGGACAUAGAAUGAAUAUAGAAUGAAAUUAUGAUGAAUUAUGUCAAGAAUAUUAUUUUAUUAGUGGGUUUAAAGACUUUUAUAUUUUUUAAAGUGUUUACCAUAUCAAUGCAUUAUGAAAGACACCAUUGUACAAUCAUGAUUCUUUUGUUAGCUCACCUGAGCACAAAGUGCUCCUGGUGAGCUUUUGUGAUCGCUUUUUGUCCGUCUUGCAUCGUCCGUCGUCAACAUUUGCCUUGUGAACACUCUAGAGGCCACAUUUAUCGUCUGAUCUUCAUGAAACUUGUUGAGAGCAUUUGUCCCAUUGAUACCUCGACUGAGUUCGAAACUGGGUCAUGCUGGAUCAAAAACAAGGUCACUAGGUCAAAAAAAAGAAAAACCUUGUGAACACUGUAGAAGUCACAUUUGAUGCCCAAUCUUUAUGUAACUUUGUCAAAAUGUUUGUGUAAAUGAUAUGUUGGUUGAGUUCAAAAAUGGUUCCGGUCCGUUAAAAAACAUGGCCGCCAGGGGGCGGGGCAGUAUUCCUUAUAUGGCUAUGGAGAAACCUUGUGAACACUCUAGAAGUCACAAUUUUUGCCCAAUCAUCAUGAAACUUGGUCAAAACAUUGGUUUCAUUGAUAUCUCGGACGAGUUUGAAAAUGGUCCAGAUCGGUGAAAAAACAUGGCCACCAGGGGGCGCGGCAGUUUUCCUGAUAUGGCUAUAGUAAAACCUUGUGAACACUCUAGAGGCCACAUUUAUUGUCCAAUCUUCAUGAAAUUUGAUCGGAAGAUUGGUCUCAAUGAUAUCUUGGAUGAGUUCAAAAAUGGUUACGUUUGCUUGAAAAACAUGGCUGCCAAGGGGCGGGGCAUUUUUCCUUAUAAGGCUGUAGUAAAAUCUUGUUAACACUCUAGAGGCCACAUUUAUUGUCCGAUCUUCAUGAAACUUGGUCAGAAGAUUCACCCCAAUAAUAUCUUGGAUGCGUUCAAAAAUGAUGCUGGUUGGUUGAAAAACAUGGCUGCCAGGGGGCAGGGAAUUUUUUCUUAUAUGGCUAUAGUAAAACCUUGUUAACACUCUAGAGGCCACAUUUAUUUUCCGAUCUUCAUGAAACUUGGUCAGAAGAUUUGUCCUAAUGAUAUCUUGGAUGAGUUCGAAAAUGGUUUCGGAUGCUUAAAAAACAUGGCCACCAGGGGCGGGGCAUUUUUCCUAAUAUGGCUAUAUAUCAUGCUUUAGUAAAACCUUGUUAACACUCUAGAGGCCACAUUUAUUGUCCGAUCUUCAUCCCAAUGAUAUCUUGGAUGAGUUCGAAAAUGGUUCCGGUUGGUGGAAAAACAUGGCCGCCAAGGGGGCAUGGCAAUUUUCCUUAUAUAGCUAUAUUUAAACUUUGUUAACACUCUAGAAGCCAUAUUUAUUGUACGAUCAUCAUGAAACUUUGUCAGAAGAUUUUUCCCAAUGAUAUUUUGGACAAGUUUGAAAGUGGUUCCAUGGCAAUUGCUUGAAAAACAUGGCAGGGCUUGUUUUCCUUCUUUGGGACCCGCCGAAAAACGGCCCUUUCCACUCGGAUUUUUUUUCCCCUCUCCUUUUUUUAAACUUUAAAUACACAAGUUAACCUGAUCCAGUGUAGAAAAUAUAACAUAUCGCAUAAUUAAAUUAUCUGUUGCCUUGAAUUUGUUUUAAAAACUGCAAAAUAUGUUAAAUUGAUUAUUUAAGACUUUCCUUAUUUUCCCCAAAAUCCGGCGUUUCGCAUGAUUUUUUCCCCCAAAAUCCAGCAUUUCGCGUGAUUUUUUUCCCAUAAAAAAAGGCCAGGCCCUUUCCCCAAAAUCAGAUAAAAACCCCUGCAUGGCCACCAGUGGGCGGGGCAUUUUUCCUUAUAUGGACUUAUGAAUCUUCAUGAAACUUUGUCAGUAUAUUUGCUUAAAUGAUAUCUUGGAUGUGUAUGAAAAUGGUUCUGGUCUGUUGAAAAACGUGGCUGCCAGGGUGUUCACUAGUCAUGAAAGUUGGUAAGAACAUAUUGUUCUAAUGGCAUCUUGGGCUGCACAGAACAGGUCAGUUCCUUUGAAUCUCAGGUGAGCGACUUUGGGCCUUUCAGGCCCUCUUGUUGUUGUUGUUGUUAUUUAAAAAAAAAAAUUUUUUGCUUUGAAUUCUGGUUGUGCAUUUGUUGAAUGUGUCUUGCUUAAAUGUUUGAUUGCUUAUGGUGAUGGAUUUUUUUUGCUAAUAAUUAUUUUAAUAUUUUCAAUCAUACAACGGAAAUCUGGCUUAAAAGGAUCAUGAAUUUAUGUUUUCAACUGAGUUUAUUUUUAUGUUAAUAUGACAUAUUUGGUUGGAUAAGGGAAUGAAGGGAAUAUGAACAUUACUUCAGUGUUGAUCCAUCCAUCUUUCAAUUUAUCUUUCAAACCAAAAAAUGUGGGUUCUUCAAUAAGUAUUUAUGCGAAGUGUCGUCAGACAAAAAUAGAAACAAGUUAAAACUAAAAUCUGUUUCCAACAACAACAGAACCCUGAGGCAUAAAAAGAAGGCAAUAUGGUGAAUAUGCAAAUAUUUUUUGUCAUAUCAAAUUUGUAGUUUCUACGGUUACAAAAGUCAGUAAAACCAAAAUCAGCAUCUUGGCAGGUUACAAAAAAUCAGUAAAACCAAAAUCAGCACUCUGCCAUAACUUUAAAGUAUUUUUGCUAGGUUUAUGAACCUAAUGAGAUCCUGUUCUUCUCCAACAAUAAGCCUGUCCUAGACUGCUGUUUUAUCUGUGUCAAUGCUCUUUUUCAUUUAGCUUCUUUAUUAUGGCAUUGCAAACAAAAAAAACAGUUAUUUCUAAACUUUACUGUUUGAUGUCUUUUUUUUUUAAAGAUAAAUGGUGGGUAAAUUUUUGUCAUCAAUUUUUGAGAAAAAGAUUUAUAGAAAGCCCAUUGCUAUCAUUAGCUGUUGGACAUUGUACUCUUACAUGAUUAUGCCCAGAUUUACUAUGGACAAAAUAAGUGCAACAGGCUCUACAUGUUUUUUAGUAAGCUGAUUUUGUAUGUCUUUUGUCUUAAUGAUAUGUUGGUUGAGUUCAAAAAUGGUUCCGGUCCAUUGAAAAACAUGGCCGCCAGGGGACGGGGCAGUAUUCCUUAUAUGACUACAGAGAAACCUUGUGAACAUUCUAUAAUGCACAAUUUUUGCCCAAUCAUCAUGAAACUUAAUCAAAACAUUGGUUUCAUUGAUAUCUCGGACGAGUUUGAAAAUGGUCCAGAUCGGUGAAAAAACAUGGCCGCCAGUGGGCGGGGCAGUUUUCUCUAUAUGUAUAUAGUGAAAACAUGUGAACGCUCUUGAAGUUACAUUUUUGGUCCAAUCUUCAUGAAAUUUGGUCAGAACAUUUAUUUCCUGGAUACGACAAUUGAGUUUGAAAAUGGUUAGGAUCAGUAAAAAAACAUGGCCGCCAGGGGGCAGGGCAGUUUUGCUUAUAUGGCUAUAGUUAAACCUUGUUAACACUCUAGGAGUCACAUUUAUAGUCCAAUCUUCAUGAAACUUGGUCUGAACAUUUGUUUUUAUGAUAGCUAGGCUGAGUUUGAAAAUGGUUUCGGUCUGUUGAAAAAUAUGGCCGCAAGGGGGCGGGGCAGCUUUGCUUAUUUGGCUAUAGUGAAACCUUGUUAACACUCUAGAUGUAACAUUUAUAGCCCAAACUUCAUGGAACUUGGUCUGAAGAUUUGUUGUAUUGAUAGCUUGGCUGAGUUCGAAAAUGGUAACGGUUUGUUGAAAAACAUGGCUGCCAGGGUAGCGGCAGUUUUCAUAAUAUGACUAUAUUAAAACCAUGUUAACACUCUAGUUGUAAUGCGGAAUCCGAUGUUGGUGCACAAUGAUGAUGAUGAUGAUGAUGAUGAUGAUGAUGAUGAUGAUGAUGAUGAUGAUUAUGAUGAUUAUGAUGAUACUGGUAAUGGAUUCAGAAACAUUAAUGUCAAACCCAAAUAUCUAAUUAUAAUUAUUGCAUUACUUAAAAAUUAAUUAUUGCCAUUACUUAUGAUUGUUAUCUAUAUCUUUGCAGAAAUUUAACAUAGUGGUUAAACCAAUAAAACAACAAGAAGUGUUACAUAUAAAUCUUAUUUGAGUUUUCAUUCACUUAUCCUAGCUAGGCUACUCUCUAUAAAACUCAUUUAUAUCUGUGCCUGCAUUGUUGCCAGGUGGUAAUUGUGUAACACUCCUGGAAAUUGACCCCCAUUAACUGGUCACUUUCAUCAAAAACGUUUGUGUUGAUGUCAGAUGGAAACCAUUCAUAAGAUACAUACAUGUAAGACAUUACAACUUGAAAUGUUUUACCCCUACAAUUUUCAGUUAGUCAGUAGUUUGUGUGUGAUUAUGAAAGAUUUGUGAUUUUAGCAGGUUUUAUUGUUGUUUCAAUUGGAAAUAUCAAUGCAAGGGGGGUUCUUAAAUUGUUCCUGUUGUUUAAAAACACUUUGUCAAAAAUGUGAACAAUUUUGUAGUAAAAAACCAACAACUUAUCACAUCUUUUAAGAAGCACAAACAACUGUUUGAAGAAAAGUUGAUUUGCAUUUGUUUUUGCAAAAAUAAUAUAUUUAUGCUACAGAUUUUUUGUGCAUUUAAAUUACAAAUAGUUUGAUAGUUGUUUUGAUAUGAUAUGUUUUCAAAUGUUUUGUGUGUGUUCACUUCUAUAUUUGCGCACAUUUAUAACUAUAAGAAAGAUCAAGUGAUGUUUUGUACUAUAAAAGAAGAUCAAUAUUGAAUUUCUAGUAGCUGUACAUAUUCUCAUACUCACUUACUUUUUUAUAACUGACUUUGAUAUAUGAAAACAAUUCAACAUAUUUAUUUAAUUAUGCAAAAACUAUUUUAUAAAAACACAAUCUCUUGAAAAAAUACGGUUGUUUUCAGUAUCUAAAAGUGUUCUUGCUAAACAGAUUGUAAACAGUCAUCCCCUAUAAGAUGCUGAGAUGCUUAUCUCAUGAUCUCAAAUUUGGACAACAAUUUGUUGAAAAAUUUACUUCCAUUUUCUUUUGCUGAUGCUCAUUAUUAAAUUACUGUCCUCAUAUUACUUUUAUCCAAAAUAAUUUAAGCUUUGUCGCAACGGGUAACAAAUGUCUAUUUAAAAAAAUUUAAACACACACACACAAAACUACUGAUAACGCAUAUAUGUAUAUAUCUGCCGAAACAGCAAACCUCUUCUUUUCACAAAACAACGUUAACAACCCUUGUUUCCUGGUCAUUUUCCUUAUAUUUAUAUACUGAAAAGGCCUGUGAACACUCUAAGUCACAUUUUUUGGCCAAUCAUCAUGAAACUAGGCCAAAACAUUGAUUUUAUUGAUAUGUCGGAUGAAUUUGAAAAUGGUCCUGAUCAGUGGAAAAACAUUGCCGCCAGGGCAUGGGGCAGUUUUCUCUAUAUGUUUUUAAGAAGCAUUUUCCUUAUAUAUAUAUUUAAAAAAAAUCUGGGUAUUAAAAACAUGGCUGCCAGGGUGGGUGGGGUAAUUUUCUAUAUAGGCCUAUUGUGAAUACGUUGGAACACCUUAUUUUUAAAGUCAGUCUUGUCAUACUAAUAAUUUGAAAUAUUUGCUGAAGAGUUUUAAUCUUUGUUUCUUUCCAUCUAAGUCUCUCAGGUGAGCGACCCAGGCCCCUUUGGGGCCUCUUGUUAAAACUUUUAACAUGUAGUUACCAUUUUGUUUUGUGCUUUUCUACAUUCAUAUGAUCAUAGAUGUUUCUGCUGAAACUGCAUUUUAGAAAUAAAGAUUGUAUUGACA